UUCUCUUAUCUUGGCCACUUGCAUUGCACCCUUCAAAACGUGGAAAGCUCAUGUAUAUAUGUAUCUUACAUCUUUCUCUAAUUCAAAGAAGUGAUGGUCUUUGGUGAUUUUUUAGAGCAGUCGAUGGCAAUCUCAGCAGCCAUGAGCGGUGGUGGCGCUGAUAAGGACGGCCACGAGCAUGAUGUCGUGAUGCCCGGCUUCCGCUUCCACCCCACGGAGGAAGAGCUCAUCGAAUUCUACCUCCGUAGAAAGGUUGAAGGAAAGCGCUUCAACGUCGAUCUGAUAACCUUCGUCGAUCUCUACCGCUACGAUCCAUGGGAGCUCCCUGCUUUAGCAGCAAUUGGAGAGAAGGAAUGGUUCUUCUAUGUGCCUAGAGACAGGAAAUAUCGAAACGGAGACCGACCGAACCGAGUGACGACCUCUGGGUACUGGAAGGCAACAGGUGCCGAUCGGACAAUCAGAAGUGAGAGCUGCCGGUCAAUCGGAUUGAAGAAAACCCUAGUCUUCUACUCUGGCAAAGCUCCUAAAGGAGUCCGGACUAGCUGGAUCAUGAAUGAGUACAGGUUGCCGCAUAACGAAACCGACCGCCAUCAGAAGACUGAAAUAUCACUUUGUCGAGUCUACAAAAGACCUGGAGUUGAAGACCACUGCCCACACCCUAGCUCACUCUCUUCUAGGCCUUCCUCGUCGAAAGGCACUGAACUUGAUAAAAAUCGUAACAUGGGUCAUCAGGUAACAGCAAGUUCCCAAACUCUCAGAGGAGAUCCACCAUCAUCUGAGAUAGACAACAUGAAUGAAGAAGGGAGUAGCAAUAGCGUCAAUGCCGAAGCUGCACUCGGGUUCCAUAGAUCUUAUGGUGUCUAUACUCCAACAGCUCCAAUUAGCUCCGCACUGAUGGAAGAGGAAACAAGACUGCUACACCAGUCGAAGCAAGAGGGCCCUUUACAGCCGACCUGCACCUUCUUUCCUUCCUCUUCUUCCAUGCCCAUAACAACAAUCGAUGAGCUCCAUAGACUAAUAGACUCCCAACAUACAUAUGGACAUCAUCCCCCUCAAAUCUAUCCGUCCGUCUCAUCAUCCCAAUCACAAUCGCUAGCGUUCAAUGCCAUGCCGAAUACAUUGCCAACCUUCUCAGACAAGCUAUGGGAGUGGAAUCUCAUCCCAGAUGCUAACAGAGACUACACUACCUACAAAUGAUCAAUGAAAUUCACACAACCAUACUGAAUUAUGUCCUUCUUUAACAACCAUUUCUCCUUUUUCUUCUGCAACUUGCAGUGGAAGUAAGAGUCGGUUAGAACUAGUUGUUGCUUAGGCUUCCAGAUCAAAUGGGUCACUUGUAAUUUAGAGGAGUUUGAUUGUAUUGGGAGAAUUUAGAGAUUCUUCGACUUAAUUGGAUUUUUCUUGUGUGAUUUGUACUUCUAGUAAUGGUAAUGAUAAUGCUAAGAUUGCUUGA